AUGAAUUUCCCGCUGCCAGACAAACUGCCCACGAUCGAGGAGUGCCUGCCCACGCACCGCGGCCUGUACUACAACGGCGGCUGGCAUGAGCCGAUCGAUGGCCACUACAUCGACACGUUCAACCCGGGCACGGGUACCGUGAUCACCAAGGUGGCCUAUGCUGGCGUCAAGGACACCGAGGCCGCGUUAGAGGCCGCCCAGGCGGCCUUCCCUGCGUGGCGGGCCACACCGCCUCUCCGGCGCGGCAAACUGCUCAAGAGAGCGGCACAGGUGUUUCGAGAACAUGCCGUCGAACUCGCCCUCCUCGACGCCGCGAACAUCGGCAGCCCCAUCACCAUCAUGGCCGGCGACGCGCACUUCGCCGCCGAGUACCUCGACUUCUACGCCGGCCUGAUCCCCGCCGUCACCGGCGAGACGAAUGAUCUAGGCGAGGCCACCUUCAACUAUACCGUGCGGGAACCUAUCGGCGUGGUCGCGAGACUCGUGGCAUCAAAUCAUCCGCUGAUGUUCACCGGGACGAAGAUGGGCCCGGCCCUGGCGAUGGGGAACACGGUGGUCAUCAAGACGCCCGAACAGGCGCCCCUAUCUGCUCUCCGACUUCUUGAGUUACUCGGCGACAUCUUCCCACCUGGUGUCUUCAACGUCCUCUCGGGCGGCAUCGACUGUGGUAAAACGUUGUCGACGCAUCCGAUCGUGAGAAAGAUCACCCUGAUCGGAAGUCUGCCGACCGGCCGCGCGAUCAUGAAAGCCGCCGCCGAGUCCCUCAAGCUGUCCGUCUUCGAGCUGGGCGGGAAGAAUGCUCUCAUCGGAUAUGCCGACGCCGACAUUGAUCGCCUUGUCGAUGGCAUUGUGGACGGCAUGAACUGGUCGUGGUGCGGGCAAUCGUGCGGCUCGACGUCGCGGGUGUUUCUACAUGAAUCUAUACACGACAAGGUCCUAGAUCUGGCGAAGACCAAGCUCGAAAAGACUUAUGUGCCAGGUAAUCCUCUGGACAAGGCGACGACGAUGGGGUCGAUGGUCAACAAAGCUGCCCAAGACAGGGUACUACGGUACAUCGACAUUGGGAAGAAAGAAGGCGCCCGACUCGUCCUCGGCGGAGAACCACCCAGCACCGAAGACACCAAGGGAGGCUGUUUCGUGCUGCCGACGAUCUUCGCCGACGUGGAGCAAACGAUGACGAUCGCACGCGAGGAAAUCUUCGGACCUGUCCUGUCGGUCCUGAAAUGGACAGAUGAAGAACAGAUGUUCAAGGACGUCAACUCGGUCGAGUACGGGCUGACCGGCGCGGUGUUUACGUCCAACAUGUCGACGGCCCAAAAGGCUGUCCGUCGGAUCGAGGCCGCCACCGUCUGGGUCAACACGUCGGCCACGCAUUACCUGGGCAUGCCGUGGGGUGGAUACAAGCAGUCCGGGAUUGGGAGGGAGGACUGCUUUGAGGAGAUGGUCGAGAUGACCCAGCGGAAAGCGGUGCAUGUGAAGCUGUGA